GAAGAAGCAAAAAAGGGUACCACAGAUAUGAAGAAAAUCACUUUUCUAGGGGAACCAACCAACCGACCAACGAAGAAAAUUCUGUAUUUUGUAAAAUUUAGGUGCUUCUGUAAUUUUCUGAUAAACGGACGUGUUUUCAUAUCGCGGCCGUGUUUCGAGUGUUUUUUGAAGAAAAAGCAAAAAAAAAAUUGGAUGGAAAUUUAUUUGAAGUUCUGAUUUUAAAGAAAAGAAAAUAAGAAAAAUAGAAAAUUAUAAUAAUAACAAAAUAGCCGAUAAAUUAGAUAAACAAAAUAAAGUGAAAAGUUUGUGAAGAGGAAACAAACCAAGUUUUGCAUUUCGAAAAAAAAAAUAGAAAAUAGAAAAUAAAUCUGAAAUAGUUUUGUGGGCAAUUAUGAAGAUAUUAUGCGAUUUUGUGUGGCAAAAGCGUAACCAUAGCCCCAGUGUCUAGUGAGCAAAGAAACCUUUUAAGUGUUAAGCGUUUUUUUUUUAUGUCCAUAGGAAAAUUUAUAAAAAAUAAUUAAAUAUUAGAAGAAAAAGCUAAAGCUAGUGAAAAUAUCUCUAAAAUAAAAUUCGAAUGAAAUUAAACUCCGGUAAUUUUUGUGCUACUCCACCCACACACAAACACACAGCCCACCAAAGUUUGCAUUCUAAUUAAAAUUCCAAAAAAGAAAUCUGGGCAAAUGUCAAUAUCGAAUAUUUCCAAUUAGUCAGAAUCUCUAAAAACGGGAUUCGUUCCUAAGUAACCAGACUGGCCCACCCUUGAAAGAUUAACUUGCCUAGAAAUCGAAACCAAUCAAUCUUCGAUGAACCUCGCGGGGCUUUUCCUCGAAAUCGAUGAAUAAUUGUCAACUUAAUUGACACAGUUAUGGACAAAGAACAAUAUUCUGUUACAUCAACAGCAGCAACAACAACAAAACCACUGCCACAACAAGCUAGCCAAAGCAGUUCAGCCGCAGUUCAUCACAGGAGGAGUAAAAGACCCAGUUAACUGGUUUACCCACAAACUAUACCAGGGGGUAAUCGGAGGAGAGCAAGGCAAGCUAUCACAGGCCAGAACAACAAGACAAAAGCCUGCCAACCAGUAAAUAUAACUUUUUGCCAACAGAAAAACAGAAAAAGACCUAAAUAUAGGCCUUCAUCCAAAAGGGGUCAUACUUAGAGGGUGGUUGGCUUUCCAUGACACACAUACAGCCUCACACAACACUCAAAAUAGUCACAAAAAAAUAUAUUGUGAACCAUAAGAAGAAUAGCAACCAUAAAAGCAGAAAACAGCAACAACAACAAAAAACAUUAGCCGCCAGUAGGCCAAACACCUCGUCCUAAUCUGCUUUUCCACCGGCCAACAAAGGUGGAACUCGAAGGAAAAAAAUCCUUGCACGUCUGUGUGUUUUUGCUGUUGUUGUAGAUGCCUUCUUUACGAAUUUUCCAACAAAAAGAAGUCGACUCGUGGAAUUGCCAUUAAAACAAAACAAAAAGCAAACGGAGAGAAAAUAUCCAACACCAUCACCGGUCGGUCUUUAGACUUUUGAGAAAAGUUGUCAACAACAACAACAACAAAAAAGCGAACAAGAAGUAAAGUAAACAACUUGGCUGAAAAUAAAAGAGAGGGAGAGAAGGAGGGAGAGUGGAAGCGAGAGAGGGGAAAGGAAUUAACUGAAAAGGGCAAAAAAAUUCCCAAUACAUUUGCCCGCCCAUCUGUCCCACCGAAUAAAUUUCUGACACCACCAUGAAAACCCAACAGAAUCCACAUGGCAAUGCCGAAGAUGACUCUAACUCCGAAACGAAUUGUAUUCACCUAACAACAACAACAACCACGACGACGACAGCAACAACACCAAAUACGGCUGCAACCAUUAGCGAUGCACUAAAGAGAGAUGGUGAAUAUGAUACAGAUUUGAACAGCUCCAGCAUUGGCAGUGUUGACAACAACUCAACAGCAUCGGCAAGUUCCACUCGUCCUGACACUGCCAAAUAUUCCAAAUCGGUAGUGUUUAGCAUUAUCAAGACGCCGGAUAUUGAUAUGAGAAAUCGACCCUGGACCAUGCAUACUUCCAGCGGUGAUGAUGAGGCCUCCAAGGACCCUCGCAUAAUAGGUGAUCAGGAUUUUAGUCAACAGUAUACAGAAAAUGAUUUUGAAGGACAUCGGGCCCAUUCAGUCUAUGUAGGUGUACAUGUACCGGGUGGACGUCGCCAUUCGCAAAGAAGGCGCAAACAUCAUCAUGGCAAAAGUGAUAGCAGCGGAGAUGAGAGGCAGCCGGAAGUUGAAAGACCGGUUACCCCACCCGCCCAACGGGUACAAUUCAUAUUGGGUGAGGAUGCCGACGAUGGCACCCACGUCUCCCAUCCCCUAUUCUCGGAAUACUUAACCCUAGUUAAGGAAGGUGACGAAAUCGAAUGGAAAGAAACCGCCAGAUGGAUAAAAUUCGAAGAGGAUGUUGAAGAGGGCGGCAAUCGUUGGUCUAAGCCGCAUGUGGCCACAUUAUCGUUGCACUCCCUGUUCGAACUGAGAACCCUGCUGUUAAACGGCUCUGUGAUACUGGACAUGGAGGCGAACAGCUUGGAACUGAUAGCCGAUUUGGUUUGUGAGAAUAUGGUUAAUGCCCGCACAUUACCGGCCGACUCAAGGGAUAAAGUUAAGGAUGCUCUGCUGCGGCGUCAUCGUCAUCAGCACGAAUACAACAAGAAGACAAAAUUGCCGAUAAUACGUUCGCUGGCCGACAUUGGACGGAAUCAUUCAUCAUCGAAAAUGGAAGAGCAUCAUAGCGCUUCAUCGGCACCGGGUUUAAUGACAGCAACAUCACCCAGUUCCUUGACAACCACUAACGGUUCGAAUGGAAACAAAAGCGAUGAUAAUACAAUGGGUGGACGAUUUUUAACCGUACCGAAACCCCAAAAGAAUCAUACUUUGACAAAUGAGGACAUGAUCAAGAGUCCCAGCAGUCAGUCAAUGCAGCGGAACAGCAGCGGCAAUGAUCUGAGUGAUCAUCGAGCCAACAUGAAUUUCAUGAGGAAAAUCCCUCCCGGUGCAGAGGCCAGUAAUAUUCUGGUGGGUGAGGUGGAUUUCCUGGAAAAGCCAUUGGCCGGCUUUAUUCGUUUGAAAGAUGCCGCCAUAAUGGGUGAUCUCACAGAGGUUCCGGUGCCCACAAGAUUCAUUUUCGUUCUAUUGGGCCCGCCCGGCAGUCAAAGUAAUUUCCAUGAAAUUGGUCGUGCCAUGGCCACCCUAAUGUCGGAUGAAAUCUUCCAUGAAGUUGCCUAUCGUGCACGCAAGCGUGAUCAUUUGUUGGCCGGUAUCGAUGAAUUCUUGGAUGCCGUAACAGUACUACCACCCGGCGAAUGGGAUCCAGCAAUACGUAUUGAACCACCAGCAGCUGUGCCAUCUCAAGAGAUACGUAAACGCCCACCCGAAGCACCCAAAGAGGAAAUCGACGAAGAGGAAUUGGAGGCAAAGCUCCGUGAAGAAUCUGGUCUAUCGCGAUCGGGUCGCUUGUUUGGUGGCCUGGUGAACGAUGUCAAACGUAAAGCGCCAUUUUAUAUAUCCGAUUUUACAGAGGCUUUCUCCAUGCAGUGCAUAGCCUCGUGGAUAUUUUUAUACUUUGCUUGCCUAUCGCCCAUCAUUACCUUUGGCGGUCUGCUGUCACAGGCAACGGGUAAAAACAUGGCUGCCAUGGAAUCGUUGGUAUCUGGUUUUGUAUGCGGUAUUGGUUAUGGCUUCUUUUCGGGCCAACCCCUCACGAUUUUGGGUUCAACGGGACCGGUGCUGGUAUUCGAAACAAUUGUCUAUGAGUUUUGCCUGAAACAGGGUUGGGAUUAUAUGACAUUCCGCUUUUGGAUUGGCACCUGGAUAGCUGUGAUUUUGUUGAUCCUGACCGCUGUGGAUGCCAGUGCAUUGGUGUGCUACAUCACCCGGUUUACAGAGGAGAAUUUCGCCACCCUUAUAGCAUUUAUAUUUAUAAUGAAGGCUGUUGAAAAUGUUUUGAAAAUUGGCAAAACAUAUCCCGUGCACAAUGAGAUAUAUGAUUGUGUGUGUACACCGCCAGUGGGCAGUAAUGCCACCAUUUUGGAAUAUGCCAAAUUUAAUAAGGAUUAUUGUGCGGUAAACAAUGGCACCCUUGUCGGCAUGGAUUGUGAACAACCUGAUACCUCUAAUAUAUUCCUCAUGUCUGUGUUAUUGUUCUUGGGCACGUUUAUCAUUUCGACCAUUUUGAAAGACUUCAAAACGGCUCGAUUCUUCCCCACCAUUGUUCGCCAAUACAUUAGUGAUUUCUCCGUUAUCAUUGCCAUCUUCAGUAUGUCGGCCUUCGAUUAUUUCAUGAAAAUCGAAACACCCAAAUUGGAGGUACCCCACGAACUGAAACCCACCUUGCCCACACGUGAUUGGCUCAUCCCACCAUUCACAGAAAACAAUCCAGCCUGGUCAACGGUUGCAGCUGUCAUCCCAGCGUUGUUGGGUACAAUUCUCAUAUUUAUGGAUCAACAAAUUACCGCUGUCAUCAUCAAUCGUAAGGAGAAUAAAUUGCGCAAGGGUUGCGGCUAUCAUUUGGAUUUGUUUGUGCUAUCCAUUUUGAUACAAAUUUGCAGUAUUAUGGGAUUGCCAUGGUUCGUGGCUGCCACUGUGCUCAGUAUUAACCAUGUGAAUUCACUGAAAAAGGAAUCAGAAUGUUCGGCACCGGGUGAAAAACCACAAUUUUUGGGAGUGCGAGAGCAGCGUGUUACCCACAUUUUGAUUUUCCUUAGCAUUGGCCUCUCCGUUUACUUGACACCCAUAUUGUGUCACAUUCCUAUGCCGGUAUUGUUCGGUGUUUUCUUGUACAUGGGCGUGGCUUCGCUGAAGGGUUUGCAAUUCUUCGAUCGCCUGCUGAUUAUGUUAAUGCCAGCCAAAUAUCAACCGGAUUAUAUGUUCCUUAGACAGGUUCCCAUUAAACGUGUCCAUCUGUUCACAAUUAUCCAAUUGGCCUGUUUGGUGUGUCUGUGGCUCAUCAAAUCUUUCUCGGCCACAUCCAUACUCUUCCCCCUGAUGUUGGUCGUCAUGAUUGGUAUACGCAAGGCCUUGGAUUUGGUGUUCACCCGAAGGGAAUUGAAAAUUCUCGAUGAUAUUAUGCCAGAGAUGACGAAGCGUCAGGCUGCCGAUGAUCUCCAUCAAUUGGAUGCUGAGGAUCACCAUCAACACCAGCACCAACAGCAGCAUCAUCAUCACCACCACGACAGAUAUGAUAAAUACAAUUCGUCUAUAAAUCCGGGACCAACAACGAUACACAUACCCCUAAAGGUAGAUUCAAGUGAAACGUCAUCAACGUCGGCCCAUCAGCAGCAGCAGCAACAACAGGCAAAGUCCACGAAUGUACCCCAAGAGGUGCAAAGCAUUUGGCAGCAACUGCAUGAGGAUGGUAGUUCAACAGAACAAUUGAUAAUACCAAUCAACUUUAAAGUUCGACAGGUUAAUGGCAGUCAUAAUAAACAAUCACUGACCACCAUGAGCGAGGAAGAGGAGAAUUUGAAUACACCGGGAAAACAGAUUUUUGACAAUUCAUCCAAAAAUGAGCCAUUCCAUGUUAAGGACACCUCAAACGAUGCCGAAACAAAUAAAAAUCUCAUCACACCCGUUUAGAUUCAAGUCAAUGAGAAUUAUUGAAAGCGUCAUUUUAGAAUGACAACACAUGCGCACACCUUGAAUCGCACAAAAUACGUAUGCUGUUACACAGUUGUAAGACAAAAAAAACAAUCAAAGAAAACAUAAAUAACAAAACGACAGGCUUAAAUUUAUAAAGGUUGAGUGGUUGAUGGGAACUUUGAGUGCUUGAGUGGGAUAGCCAUUAAUACAAUAACUUGCACUAUUUCGUAUGUUUUGAUCUAAAACCUUCCACCAUACAAAGUAUGGAGGGUAUAUUAAGUUCGUCAUUCCGUUUGUAACUUAUCGAAAAAAAAUUUUAGACCUAACAAAGUCCAUAUAUUGUUGACCGGAUUAAAUUCUAAGACGUUUUAGCCCUGUCCGUCCCUCCGUCUGUCGUACUCACGCCAGAGUUAAAGCAAAUAAAGAUAGGAACCUAAAAUUCCUUCCUGUCUGCAGGCAGAUCAAGUUCAAAGAUGAGAUAUAUCGGUCCACGAUAUCGAAAGGGCCCCAUACAACGGUAGGCCCCGAUUUUCGGUAUUUUGAUGAUUGUUGCCAAAUUUAUCAAAGUAAUUAUCUGAAAAUCCACACAAAAAGUUCCUUCUGAAUACUGUACCACCUGGAAGAGUAUUGUCUAUAUAGGUCCACGAUAUC